AAUAAUCUGCUUCUGCUAUUGAGUACUGAUAGGCUGGUUGAGUUUCAUCUAUUAGAUAUCUUAAUAAUAAUUUAUUAGGAGAAUCAGAGAACUAUUUUGUUUGUAAGAACUCCUGUAAAAUAUGCGCAUCUCUUCCGAUAAAAUGGAUUCUGUAAUUGAAAGAUUAUGAAGUCUGCAGCUAAAAGCUGUUCAAUUAAUCGAUUUGCAUGAUGAUGGGCGAAAUAGCAGGGUCGGCCAGUUUCCUUCACCUUGGCGAUAUAGUCUCACUAUUCGCUGAAGGCAAUGUCUGUGGAUUUCUCAGUACAUUGGGACUGGUCGACGAUAGAACAGUUGUGUGUCCAGAAGCGGGGGAUCUGGGCAAUCCUCCUAAAAAGUUCAGAGAUUGCCUGUUCAAAAUAUGCCCCAUGAACAGAUAUUCUGCCCAGAAGCAAUUCUGGAAAGCCGCCAAGCAGAAUGCUAGCUCUACAACCGAUGCCGUUCUACUCAAACGUUUACAUCAUGCCGCAGAAAUUGAAAAGAAACAAAACGAUACUGAAAAUAAAAAGCUGCUUGGAUCAGUUGUUCAGUAUGGCAGUGUAAUACAGCUGUUGCAUUUGAAAUCAAACAAGUACCUGACUGUAAAUAAACGGUUGCCUGCUCUGCUAGAGAAAAAUGCGAUGCGUGUCUAUUUGGAUGGAAAUGGAAAUGAGGGCUCGUGGUUCUAUAUCUUACCCUAUUACAAGCUUAGAUCUACAGGUGAUAAUGUGGUUGUCGGUGAUAAAGUCAUCAUGAAUCCCGUAAAUGCAGGCCAACAGGUACUGCAUGUCGCUCAAAACUACGAACUUCCCGAUAAUCCUGGAUGCAAAGAGGUGAAUGUUGUCAAUACAAACACUCCGUGGAAAGUGACGCUUUUCAUGGAGCACAAGGAAAACCAGGAGGAAAUUCUGAAAGGUGGUGAUGUGGUAAGACUUUUCCACGCAGAACAGGAGAAAUUUCUGACGAUGGAUGAACACAGAAAAAAGCAACAUGUGUUUCUGAGGACCACGGGACGCACGUCUACUACUCUUGCUACUAGUAGUAAAGCCUUAUGGGAAGUUGAGGUUGUACAACACGAUCCCUGUAAGGGGGGAGCCGGUCACUGGAAUUCCUUGUUCAGGUUUAAGCAUCUGGCAACAGGUCACUAUCUAGCUGCUGAAGUUGACGAUGAUGAUGAAUCUGCUGAUCAGAUGAGAUUGAAACUGAGAGACAACCAAGGAAGUGCAGUGUACCACUUAGUGUCAGUUCCACAUUCCAACGAAAUCUCAUCACUUUUUGAACUUGACCCCACCACUUUAACACGUGGAGAUUCGCUGGUUCCACAGUCCUCAUACGUUCGUCUCCACCAUAUUUGCACCAACACAUGGGUACACAGCACUUCUAUACCCAUUGACAAAGAUGAAGAGAAGCCUGUUAUGUCAAAGGUUGGAUGUGCUCCAAUCAAAGAGGAUAAGGAAGCGUUUGCUCUGAUAUCGGUUUCUCCAACUGAAGUGAGAGAUCUAGACUUUGCCAAUGACGCAUGCAAAGUGCUUGCAGCCAAUUCCACUAAAUUGGAAAAAGGAACGAUUUCACACAACGAGAGAAGGGCUGUAACCAGUUUGCUUCAAGAUAUCGUUUAUUUCAUCGCUGGUCUGGAAAGUGAGCAAAGCAAAGCCGAGGCAUUAGAAUUAAGUGUAGCAAAUCCAAACAGGGAUCGACAGAAACUUUUGAGGGAACAGUACAUUCUGAAACAGCUGUUCAAAAUUCUUCAAGCACCAUUCAUGGAAUCCACCGAGGGUGAAGGACCUUUCCUUCGUAUCGAAGAGCUUAGUGAUCCCAGACAUGCAGCCUAUAAAUAUAUGUUCAGACUAUGCUAUCGGAUUCUUCGAUUAAGUCAGCAAGAUUAUCGAAAAAAUCAGGAAUAUAUAGCGAAACACUUUGGCUUUAUGCAGAAGCAAAUCGGUUUGGACAUUCUUGCAGAAGAUACAAUCACAGCUCUUCUUCACAAUAAUAGAAAACUACUCGAAAAACACAUAACUGCAGCUGAGAUCGAAACAUUUGUGGGCCUAGUCAGGAAAAAUAUGCACAAUUGGGAAUCUCGAUUUCUUGACUACCUCUCGGAUUUGUGCAUAUCAAAUAAAAAAGCCAUUGCCAUAACGCAGGAACUGAUUUGUAAAAGUGUUCUAAGUGCCAAAAACUCUGACAUUCUUAUUGAAACAAGAAUGAUGAAAUCGAAUGUGGUUGGAGUCGAGGGAUCUGAUAUUGAAGACACUGAUCAAACUGUCGAAGAAGUAUUUCUUCUUUGGAAUAACAGGAAGAUGUCUCGUUGUUUGGUUGUUCUUUCCGGUGACUCGAAACUGGGAGGCCAACAAGAGCAAGCUCUCCUCGAUUACUAUAGACAUCAACUGAAUCUAUUCUCGAAUAUGUGCCUCAAUAGACAGUAUCUAGCACUCAACAAUCUAUCUCCACAUCUUGAUAUUGAUCUCAUUCUCAAAUGCAUGGCAGAUGAGAGUGUUUCAUAUGAACUGCGAGCAUCAUUUUGUCGCUUGAUGUUGCAUUUACACGUUGAUAGAGACCCACAAGAACCAGUGACGCCAGUCAAAUAUGCACGGUUGUGGUCUGAAAUACCUUCAAAGAUGUCAAUCAAUGACUAUGACAGAAAUCAUCAGCCUGAUCAAAAUAAGAAAGCAGUACAUGCUAGAUUCAACUCAACUAUACUUUUUGUCGAAGACUACCUGUGCAAUGUUGUGGCCAAAAUGUGGACUUUCGCGGACCAGUACCAAAACAAACUGACAUUCGAAGUGGUGAAACUUGCAAGAGAUUUGAUUUACUUUGGGUUCUACAGCUUCAGCGAUCUGCUGCGUCUCACAAAAACACUACUCAGCAUACUUGAUUGCGUGUCUGAGAAUGAUUUUAUCAAAGGAAAAAUUCCAACCGGAGAAAUACAUUGCUUGACAGAAAAGACUGAAGGUGGGGUUUUGCGUUCAAUCGGUGAUAUGGGUGCAGUUGUAACUGGCCUGACGCUUGGAGCUACCGGAAUCGGAAGAAAUUCCAUUUCACCAACUGUGCAGAAGAAGACAACUCAACUGAAAAAGGAGUAUCCACUUGUGAUGGAUACCAAACUGAAGAUAAUAGAAAUUCUACAGUUCAUUCUGGAUGUGAGAUUGGAUUAUCGAAUCAGCUGCUUACUGUCUAUAUUCAAACAAGAAUUUGAUGGCAAUGAGAAUCGGACUUCGGUAACUAAUGAAGCACUUCAAAAGCCGAUUGAUCUUGAAACUAUUGGUACACAGGCAGAAGGAAUUUUCGGGAACAGGCCAAUUGAUAAGAUAAUGAUAUGCAGUUCAACUACAUAUUUGAUGAGUGUUCAACUACUUGUGUCAGAUAGCGAUGUUGAAUCCUACAAACAAAUCAAAUCCGACUUGGAUGUACUCCGUCAGUCAGUUGAGAAAUCAGAGCUUUGGGUGUACAAAUCGCGCAGUGGUGAAGAGGGCGGAGGAGGAGGGGGAGGAGGCAAGAAAAUGGCCAAAGAAGAUGAGGAUGAAGGAGGAGGAGAAGGAGGGGAAGGCAGUGCUAGCACUGUUGGCAAGCAGACCCUUGACAAGCAGGGGUCCGCCCUCGAUAUGCAAGUUUCUGGACAGACUGAACAAAUUGACGAGUACAAGAAGAUACAACAGAUACUGAUAAGGAUGAAUAAGCUGUGUGUGAUUGGAGGAAAGCCGAGGAAACACGAGCAGCGUCUAUUGAGGAAUGUGGGUGUCCAUACAGUAGUUCUAGAUCUUCUUCAGAUUCCCUAUGAUCAGAAAGAGGAUAUCAGAAUGAACAAACUCAUGGCUCUCGCUCACGAAUUCUUGCAGAAUUUCUGUUUGGGAAAUCAACAGAACCAAGUACUUCUGCACAAGCAGUUGGAUCUUUUUUUGAAUCCUGGCAUUAGGGAGGCUGAAACAGUGUGCAGUAUCUUCCAAGACAACUCAACGCUUUGCAAUGAAGUGAAUGAUAAGGUCAUUCAACAUUUUAUUCAUUGUAUUGAAACUCAUGGAAAGCAUGUGCAGUACCUGAAAUUCUUCCAAACAAUUGUGAAGGCCGAAAAUCAAUUCAUCAGAAAUUGCCAAGACAUGGUUAUGCAAGAGUUAGUGAAUGCCGGUGAAGAUGUCCUGGUAUUCUACAAUGACAAGUCAUCGUUUCAAUUUUUUGUAUCAAUGAUGCGUUCAGAGAGGCAUAGAAUGGAUGAAAGCAGUGCCUUGAGGUAUCAUAUCGAGUUGGUGAAACUUCUGGCUUGUUGUACAAUGGGAAAAAACGUCUACACAGAGAUCAAAUGUCACAGUCUUCUUCCUUUGGAUGACAUUGUUGCAAUGGUUUCUCAUCAGGAUUGUAUACCCGAGGUUAAAGAAGCCUACAUAAACUUCCUCAAUCAUUGUUACAUCGACACCGAAGUCGAAAUGAAAGAAAUCUACACAUCAAACCAUAUGUGGAGUUUGUUUGAAAAGAGCUUUUUGAUUGAUAUGGGAGUUGUGGCUAAUGGAACUCAUGAUAGGAAGCAUGCAGACAUGGCUAUGGAAAACUACGUCACCAACAGUGUCAUGCAGAUUAUUAAUACAUUUUUCAACAGUCCGUUCUCAGAUCAGAGCACCACUGUGCAGACACGUCAGCCAAUUUUUGUGCAGCUGCUUCAGGCUGCUUUUCGGGUAUCUCAGUGCACUUGGCUCACACCCUCACAACGGUUCAAUGUUGAGAAUUGUAUUAGAACACUAUCUGAAGUUGCCAAAGGUAGAUCAAUCGCUAUACCAUCAGAGCUUGAGAGCCAAGUUGUAACAAUGUUCAACAAGUCCAACCUUCUGACGCGACAGACUAGCAAGUGGCUUCAAGCUGCUAAAGUUCCAAAGAUAGAAAGAUCUCAGUCUCAGGAAAAUGAAAUGCAAGAAUUAUCGGUAUCGGUUGAAGUUGAACUCUCCACGCCAGAGGUUCACAAUGAUUAUGGCAAUGGAUUCAACUCCCCACAGCUGAUGAAAUUGGAUCGGAGUAUAAUAGAAGGUCUGCAAGACAUAGUUCUCUUGCUGGAAGACCAAUUGAAGCCCCUUGUACAAUCAGAAUUGUCACUUCUAGUCGAUAUCCUUUACCGGCCUGAACUGCUCUUUCCUCUUGGUACAGAAGCCAGGAAACGAUGCGAGAGUGGUGGAUUCAUAAGAAGACUGAUUAAACACACCGAAAAACUGUUGGAAGAGAAAGAGGAGAAACUAUGUGUGAAAGUACUAAAAACACUGCGGGAAAUGAUGGCCAUCGAUCUAGAAUCUGGCGAAAAGGCAGAAGAAGUCCCUAUCCCUACUUUGGGUGUUGGUGUUGGGCAAGGAAAUGUAGAUGAGGAGAAAGCCGUCAUUACGGGAGAUGUUCUUCGAAAUAAUCUUUUGAUACGUUACUUUGGAAAGGAUUUUGUUCAGAAACAAGAAACUGUCGAACUAGGAAUACCAACACCGAAGUCAGUUGUCAUCCAUGGGCCUGGAGCUAAACUUCUGAGUCGCGCUGGUCUAACACUUCACGAGGUUCAGAGCCACCUAGAUCGUGAGGGAGCAUCUGAUCUUGUCGUCGAACUGGUCAUCAAAUCAGUUCACUCGCCUUCGAUUUUCGUCGAAGCUGUGGAAUUGGGCACGGCCUUACUAGAAGGCGGAAAUCCUAUUAUACAGAAGAGUAUGUUUAGUAAACUGCUGGGAGGGGAUCUAAGCCAGGCAUUUUUCAAGGUGUUUUACGACAAAAUGAGAGAAGCACAACAAGAAAUAAAGUCAACAGUUACCGUCAAUACGUCAGAUAUGGCAGCUAAAGCCCACGAGGAUAAAGAACAGGGCAAAGAACUUGAAAAACUUGGCAAAAGAAAAGGAGGGAAGACUAAUGGUAUGGUUAUAACGGAGCAACUAAGAGAUGAGCUCAACCAGGCAGCUUUUGCAACGUCUCAAGCUUAUAUUGGCGCAAGAAAUCUAGUGGCAGGUGAGGAGGCAGGUGCUGCGGUGGGGGCGGGUGGGGCAGCGCCAGGUGGCGGCUCCUCGGCCCUCGAAGACAUGUUGGCUGAAAAACUCGAAAGACAUCAUGAGCGUCAGGACCACAACAAACUGUCCACCAAAGUUCUUGUCAUGCAGCCGAUUCUGCGAUUCUUGCAGUUGCUCUGCGAAAACCACAACAGAGAUCUUCAGAAUACAUUGAGAAACCAAAAUAACAAAACAAAUUAUAAUUUAGUCUCGGAGACAUUGAUGUUCCUGGAUUGUAUUUGUGGCUCGACGACCGGAGGACUGGGGCUGCUCGGCCUCUAUAUCAACGAAGACAAUGUCGCUCUCAUAAACCAAACCCUUGAAACGCUCACCGAAUACUGCCAAGGUCCGUGUCACGACAACCAAAACUGCAUCGCAACUCACGAAUCGAAUGGCUUGGACAUCAUCACCGCCCUCAUUCUCAAUGACAUCAACCCACUCGGCAAAUCCAGGAUGGACCUAGUUCUCGAACUCAAAAACAAUGCUUCCAAACUUCUCUUGGCUAUAAUGGAGAGUCGAGGUGAUAGUGAAAACGCUGAAAGGAUUAUGAACAAUAUGAAUUCAAAGCAAUUGGUUGAAGUUGCUUGUCGAGCUUUUCAUCAGGAAACUCUUGAUGAUGCAGUGGAUGCUGAUGACUCAUCCACUGAAGGGGACGACGGAGUCUCACCAAAAGAAGUUGGUCAUAAUAUCUACAUUCUCUGCCAUCAAUUAGCUCAACAUAAUAAGGACUUGGCAGCUCUACUGAAGCCUUCAGAAUCCAAUGUAGAUCCGAAAAUGAAUCAGGCUUUGGAGUACUAUGCAUCACAUACAGCUCAAAUUGAAAUCGUUAGACACGAUAGGACUCUUGAACAGAUUGUGUUCCCCAUACCUGAGAUUUGUGAGUACAUCACACAUGAUACCAAAGUAAAAAUACUGCAUACUGCAGAAAGGGAUGAUCAGGGCUCAAAGGUGUCAGACUUUUUUGAGAGGACCGAAGAUAUGUUCAAUGAAAUGAAGUGGCAGAAAAAAUUAAGAGGUCAGCCAGCUUUGUUUUGGGUGAGCAGUUACAUGUCUUUGUGGAGCAAUGUUCUUUUCAAUUGUGCGGUAUUAAUUAAUCUGAUUGUGGCUUUCUUCUAUCCCUUCGUUGAUUCUGUGCCAAAGCUUAGCGCACAUCUGUCCGUGUUGAUAUGGGCGGUGAUGCUUGUAUCGGCUGCCAUAGUUAUUAUACUUCCUCGGGAAUCUGGCAUCAGGACUCUUGUUGCAUCAACAAUAUUGAGAAUGAUUUUCUCUGCUGGACCUGAGCCUACUUUGCUACUCCUUGGAACUCUAACAGUGAUUUUGAAGAAUAUCCACCUAAUUAGCAUAAUGGGUAACCAGGGCACGUUCACAAAGAAAGUGAGACAGAUAGUGUCAGAUGCCGAAAUUCUCUACCACUUGUCUUAUGUCAUGUUCUGUGUCAUGGGACUUUGCAUGCAUCCAUUUUUCUAUUCAGUCUUGUUGCUGGAUGUUGUGUAUAGAGAAGAAACAUUAUUGAAUGUUAUAAGAUCGGUCACAAGGAAUGGACGAUCGAUCAUUUUGACGGCCGUUUUAGCUUUGAUCCUAGUCUACAUGUUUUCCAUCAUCGGUUACAUGUUCUUCAAGGAUGACUUCUUGGUAGAUGUGGAUGAAGAAGUUGUUCCUCACGGAGCAGUCGCCGAUGAAAAUAAUGGAGUUUGUUUGAGCGGAAAAGGCUGUAAACACAGUGACUACGAGUCGUUAACUACUAGUAAAGCGGAUUUUGUAAGUGUUGAUGGUGAUUUGAAAGAAAGAGCAUGUGAUUCACUAGUUAUGUGUAUUGUCACAACAAUGAACCAAGGACUUCGCAAUGGAGGUGGAAUCGGAGAUAUUCUGCGAGCACCAAGCAGCAAAGAACCUUUGUUUGUUGCGAGAGUAGUUUACGAUCUGUUGUUCUUCUUCAUUGUGAUAAUUAUUGUACUAAACCUCAUUUUUGGUGUCAUCAUUGACACUUUUGCGGAUCUCAGAAGCGAAAAACAACAAAAGGAGUUAAUACUCAAAAAUACUUGCUUCAUAUGCGGUUUGAAUAGAUCUGCCUUCGACAAUAAAACUGUGAGCUUUGAAGAGCAUAUCAAAUGCGAACAUAACAUGUGGCAUUAUCUGUACUUUAUUGUAUUAAUCAAAGUUAAAGAUCCUACCGAAUUCACUGGACCUGAGAGCUAUGUUUAUGCUAUGGUCAAGGAUCGUAAUUUGGACUGGUUCCCUAGACUGAGAGCGAUGUCAUUGGCCGCUGAUGAAGGGGAGGGAGAGCAAAUUGAGUUACGUAGUUUACAGGCUCAAUUGGAGAGCACACAAAUUCUGGUUACCACUCUUUCUCAGCAACUAUCCGAACUCAAAGAUCAGAUGACCGAACAAAGGAAACAAAAGCAAAGAAUUGGUCUUUUGACUUCAACGUCUGCCUACCUGCACAAUAUUUAAUUGAAAAAUUAUGUCAAUAGAGUUAGUUCUACAUAAGUUGCCUUCUCUUGUUAUUGUGUUCUAUGUACUUUUAAUCAACUGUCUCAAUUAUUUAUUAAUUAAAUAUUUCCAUGGCCAUGAUUCUCAACCAUUUGGUUAUGCAUUAAAUCAAUGCAUUCUUAAUAUAAUAUUAAGUAUCUUAUCUAUAUAUUAAUUAUUUUCCAUAAUAUAUUAUUAUAUAUAUAUUUCCAUAUUAGUCAUUGAUGAUGAUAAUAAUUUAUCAUAUAUAUGUUGUCACAAUCUGCAUAGUUUAUUUGUUAUAAAAAUAUUGUCAUUAACUUUAACUGGUGUUUUAAUCAUUUUUAGGCGUAUAGAAGAUGUAAUAUAUUGAUUAUUGAUAUUUCGAAUGUAAAUAUCAUGUUGUGAGAAUUAUUGAGAGUUAUAUGAGUAAUGAAAUCAGAAUGGAUUGUACUUUACAUAUAACGUACUUUUUAAUUUUAGUCCAAAUAGAAUUUAUUCUAACAUCAGAGGUUGUAGAUGGAUAAUAAUUAUUCCAAUUUGCAUGUAUGUACGAAUUCCAAUAAAUGUAUUGAUGUGAUUUACAAUCCUAUGACAGUAACAGUGUAGUAGUUGAUGAUUAUGAUACAGUAUUUCCUUCGGGAAGCUAUUAAAAUUUGACCAAGAAAUUAAUUACAUUUUGCAACUAAUUAUCGUCGGGUGAGAUAUAUGACUCUCCAUGACAAAAACAAAGUGACUUGAAUUUUAGCUGUACCAUCAGUUAUACUGUUUUUUAAAAAAGAACAUCAUAUUAUAGUUAUGAUUGCAAAUUUAUUUGAUGAACAAAAAUGUGAUUCUAGUUACAGAAUUUUACACAGAGUUUUUCACAGCAUGAUCGUGAACUAGGAUGAGCCUUUCUUUCCAGUAGAAGUUUCAUCUUCAUCUCAUGAUAAAAAAUUUAUUGGAAAAUAUCAUUCUCUCAAGUUCAACAAAAUCGGAUUGUCAUUAAUAUUUUCACCUCCUACUGGUUGUUAAACGUUUCCUAGCUGUUAUUUUUUGAUGUAGAGAUUUAUGAUUUGUUCAUUAAUUCCCAUCAUAAUUUGAAAUGUUGAGCUGUUGUUGGAAAACAAAUCCCAACAUUCAAAUUCAACUUUGAUGUGUUUCGUCUAUUAACUAUUUUCAAUUUUAAUGCUCAAUUUGUGAUCUGUGGUUAUAGAUUUGCUUCUGAGAAAUAAGAUAUGAAUUAUAGCGUUUGUAGUGAUUUAUCAACAACUAGGGAGUAAAAUAUGAGUUUUUAUGUUCAUUAUGUGAUUUUUGGUUGAAGAUAUCAUGGUCAAUGAGGAAGAAAAGAUGAAUUGUAGCGUCUUUCCCACUAGAAAGGAUAUUGUACUUAGUAAGUUUCAAGUUUCAUCACUGUACUUGAAAACUUUAUUUCGAUACAAUCAGUAGUAUUACUACUUGGUUCAUUACUCAUCAAUCUGAUUUAAAGCUGCAGCUCUCUAGUGCUGGAUGAAUGGAAUUCUCAAAUAUUGAAGCUGUUGAACUAUUCAUAGCAUCAUCUCACUCACAAAUCUUGCAGCAAGAAAAAAACAAUAAUUGUUUAAACUGAACCCUUCGAAGUCAUUUAUAUUGUUGAUGUUUUACCUAUUGUUAUAUUGAUCAGUGAUUUUGUUCUCACCUCUUGUUUUUUUAUCUAUAUUCCUUCAAAGUUUUUUAAUUACUAUCUACCACGAUCUAGUAAGUAAGAUUGUAAUGGAAACGCCUGCAUCCAAAUCUGUGUUUUAUUGUGAAAAUCCAGAAUGUACAAUCAUUUAUUAUAGUAAUUAAUAUAGUUCUAGAAUAACCUAGAAAUUCUUCUACAUAGAUUCUCUUGACUAACGGAUAAAGGAUUAGGAAAUCUAUUGACAAUUCAAGAGAAGUGUACUGUAAAAGUAUUUUUUACUUAAUUUAACUUACAAACAAAUCUAUUGAAAAUAUUUCAUAACACAAUAAAAAUAUUAAUCAUACAAAAAUCAGUAUUUUGUCAAUCUUAUUUAUAUUGUACCUGUAUCAUUAGUAACACUGCAUACGUCUGUGACUCAUGAAUUCAAUGGUUAAGCUAUUCAUGUUAUAUGUAUCAAUUUUAUUUUUUGGUUAAGUUUAAGCAUCCUUGUAGUAAAAAGUUUCCUUGCAUGAAAUUAAUAUUAGCUAUAAUUUCCAGUCCACAGGUUAUAAUUUUUAAUGUUUAUCGUGGUUAAUAAAUGUUAUUUGUUGAA